AGGUUAUAAAUGAAGGUGAAUAUACAUAUCGUCAGUCAGUGAGGUGAUAUGUACAUAACGCGGUCUUUGCGUCAUUCAUAAGGUGGGACACUUCCUUACACCGAGUGAGCAGUCAUCCUGAACACACGAUCUUUGCAAACGUCCAGCAGCAGCCAUACAUUAGCUGUCGGCGUAUGGAGGCAGUCCGCGGCUGCAGCGGCGGCACCUCGCUGUCAUCCUCCGGUGCACCCAGCUGUUUCCAACAUGACUGACCUCAUCUGAACCGCUCAGCCCCGAGAAACUAAAAACAAGAAGCGAAAAAAACGACAGGAAAAAGCAAACCGCCAUCAGCUGUCAGCGCUGGGUACUCGCACGCAGCAUCACGCACGAGCAGCAGUCGUAGUAACAAAUUGACAGGUAUGUCUUCGUCAGCCGCGCGAGACGCCGUCGUCAAAAAGAAGCACGUUCGUUUCGCCAGCAUGGAGGACGACGACGACAACGACGACCAGGAGGAGGACACCCUGUUUGACAAGAGGAAGGACACCGGGAGAGGGCUCAAGAGUGCGCUGAAGGCGGUCAAGAGGUCGACGAAAGCGGCGUACGCCGACCGAGUGGAGGUGGUGGCCGGGGGAAGGGGCGGAUAUGGCGCGUGCGGCCGCUGGAUGGUGACCCUCGCGCUCUGUGGAUCUUUCCUCGGCUUGGGGAUGAGUAUCUCCGUCCUCGGCCCCACAUUUGAGGACCUGGCUUUGAAUGUGAAGAAGAACAUCAGCAACAUCUCUUACAUCUUUGUUGGACGCUCCGCGGGCUACAUCGGCGGUUCCCUCAUAGGAGGCGUUCUCUUCGAAUGCAUGAACCCUCAUCUCCUGUUAGGGUUUUCGAUGUUGGUCACAGCGUUUGGAAUGUGUGCCAUCCCUUUCUGUAAGCAGGCUCUGCUGCUCACCGUGCUCAUGUCCAGCAUCGGGAUGUGUAUGGGUGUCCUGGAUACAGGUGGUAACGUCCUCAUACUGAACACAUGGGGUGAGCAGGCAGGCCCUCACAUGCAAGCUCUACACUUCAGCUUUGCAGCCGGGGCCUUCGUGUCUCCGAUCAUAGCCAAGCUGCUGUUUGGGCCCGACGGGAACGGCAGCAUCACACCUACCAACACCACACUUCCUGUCACUACAGAGCCGAUAUCCCCCGACGUUCACACUAUGAGCCGUUACAUCCACAGCAGGAGCAGCACCCUCAAAUCCAUGUGGGCCUACAUUGUGAUCGGCUCUUUCGUUUUCCUCGUCUCCCUUCUCUUCUUCUUCCUCUUCUUCCGCGGCAGCUUUUCUCGUGACAAAGGCCGCGCGUCUGCAGGAAAGCCCCUGGUGGCCAAACAUCACAUGGCUCUCGUCGCCCUGCUCUUCUUCUUCUUUUUUGGCUACGUAGGUGCUGAGGUGGCGUACGGCUCCUUCAUCUACACCUUUGCCAAGGACUAUGCCCACAUGGAUCAGUCACAAGCGGCCGGGCUCAACUCGUUGUUCUGGGGGACGUUUGCUGCCUGCAGGGGGUUGGCUAUUUUCUUUGCGGCCUGCAUGUACCCGGGCACCAUGAUCCUGCUCUGCCUGGUGGGCUCCACUGUGUCCUCUCUGUUCCUGUGCCUCUUCAGCAAGGAGAAGGUGGCCCUGUGGGUAUGCACUGGUCUGUACGGGGCGUCCAUGGCCACCACUUUCCCCAGCGGCAUCUCGUGGCUGGAGCAGUACACCACAGUGACAGGCCACACGGCGGCAGCCUUUGUGGUGGGUGCGGCGCUGGGUGAGAUGGUGCUGCCCGUUCUAAUAGGCUUCCUGCUGGGACAGUUCCCGGACCAACCCCUGCUCAUGUACCUGUCACUCAUCACCGCCACCUUCACCUCCAUCCUCUUCCCGGUCAUGUACAAACUGGCCUCGGCCCCCACUGGCCCGAGCAGGAAACCCCGCACCAGAGGCCGGCCUGACGCAGACGACAGCGAAUACCGCCAGGCGCUGCUGGCCUCAGGAGCCAAUGACGAAGAGGAGGAGGAGGAGCAGGACAACGAGGCUGACCAGUGGAACGACGCAGACUUUGAGGUAAUAGAAAUGGACGACACGCCGAGUCUCAUCAGUUCACCUAGCAAGGCGUCCUCUCCUCCUCACAUCACCGGUUCAACAGGAAGCUCUGCGGCCUCAAACGCCCAGGCGACAGAGCCCGCAGGGGGAACCUCCUUCUCGGACAUCAUCUCCCUCGUAGGAGACUCCCCCAGACGCAAACUACUGCUCUCUCUGGAGAGAGAGAAGAGAGACUGAACACUCCUCCUGUCGACCUCUCCCUUAACACUUAAAGAGCCAUGCCUUGACACGUCUGUGCUCGUUUGUUGUCCAGAACCUAAAAACUCUAAAUAUUUAUGACCAGUCUGAUGAUUUACUGUGCAGUGAACACAACGCUGACUACUGACCGAAACCUGUGCAGCUUAUAAACCACCAAUACAGUACGACAAGUCGAAGCUCAAUGAAGGACAAGUUAUAAAUAAUAUUUAUGUUGAUGAGUCUCUAUGAAGAGUCUGUUGGCCUACGCUCUUCCACAGGGAGGUCAAAGGUCAGGGGUCGAGUCCUAGUGCUGGUAGAAUUCAGUGCCUUGCUUGAGGACACAUGAGCAGAGUGAAUGAAUUGAACCAGAGACGGUCAGCCUCCUCUUCAUCAUGCCACCCUGCUGCCAAAAAAACGGAUGUUUUAAAAAUGUCAUUUAAUUUUGCACUAUCGCAGUGAUUUUAAAAAAACAGGAAAUGUGUGAUGAGUUCAUGUGUCUGUUGCACCUUUGUAAAGAUGAGAUCUGAUUUGUUCGUCAUGUACUGUAAUGUGUCAUGUGCUUCUCGAAGUUACGUGUCGUCACUGUGAGAUUGAAUCAUACAUCAUGAGACAUUUUGAUACAUUGACUUUUUAUUAUAUCAAUCUCAAACCUCCACCCACAGCAAUGUCCAUUAAAAACAAACAAAAAAACACCUCCAUCAUUUUUUACAUUUAUACAAUGUCUGCUGAGUUGAAAGCUCGGAUCUUGACGUGGUUCGAUGUUUUGGUUUUUUUUUUGUUUUUUUUGCACUGAAAAUUGGAAACACACAACUGUAUAUGCACAAGGAAACAAUA